AUGCCGCAGCAGCAGCAACAGCAGCAGCAGCAGCAGCAGCAGCGGGAGAUCCUCGAGGCAGCAGCAUCGACCCCACCAGCAGCAACACCACCAGCAGCAGCAGCACCAGCAGCAGCAGCAGCAGCAGCAGCAGCAGGAGAGGAGCGUUUCCCCUUUCAGGCUGAGGUGAAGCGGGUACUGGAUAUAAUAGUAAACAGUUUAUACACAGACAGAGAUGUGUUCCUGCGUGAGUUGAUAUCUAACGCAGCAGAUGCAUGCGACAAGAAGCGCGUACUGCAGCAGCAGCAGCAGCAGCAACAGCAGCAGCAGCAGCAGCAGCAGCAGCGGGGGAAAGGAUAUAUUCGAGUGUAUGCAGACAAGAAACAAGGAACCCUCACAGUAGAAGACAGCGGCAUCGGCAUGAGCCGCCAGGAGCUCAUCGACAACCUGGGGACUAUAGCUCAAUCAGGAACAUAUAAAUUCGCGCAGCAUCUGCAGCAGCAGCAGCAGCAGCAGCAGGAGGAAGAGUUUGGGCUGCAGCAGGAGGGGAUAGGAACGCAGCAGCAGCAGCAACAGCAACAGCAGCAGCAGCAGCAGCAGCAGCAACAGCAGCAGCAGCAGCAGCGGGGCAAAGGAUAUAUUCGAGUGUAUGCAGACAAGAAACAAGGAACCCUCACAGUAGAAGACAGCGGCAUCGGCAUGAGCCGCCAGGAGCUCAUCGACAACCUGGGGACUAUAGCUCAGUCAGGAACAUAUAAAUUCGCGCAGCAUCUGCAGCAGCAGCAUCAGCAGCAGCAGCAGCAGGAAGAGUUUGGGCUGCAGCAGGAGGGGAUAGGGACAAGCAGCAGCAGCAGCAGCAGCAGCAGCAGCAGCAGCGCGAGUGAUCUCAUCGGGCAGUUUGGUGUUGGGUUUUAUUCUGCUUUUUUGGUGGCUGAUAAAGUAGAGGUUGUCUCCUCUCGCUGGACCCCAGAAGCAGCAGCAGCAGCAGCAGCAGCAGCAGCAGGAGAACCAGCAGCAGCAGCAGCAGCAGCAGCAGCAGCAGUUCCUGAGGUGUGGAAAUGGAGUUCAAGCUGCGGGCAGCAAUUCACAGUGCAGCGGUUAGAUGCAGCAGCAGAGCAGCAGCGGUGGCAGCAGCAAACGCGUGAGCUGCAGCAGAGCCUGCAGCAGCAGCAAGCAUCUAAAACUACCACCGACAGCAGCAGCAGCAGCAGCAGCAACACCUCCUCACCCCAGCAGCAGCAACAGCAACAGCAGCAGCAGCAGCAGCAGCAGCAGCAGCAGGAAGAUGUAUGGACGGAUGAGGAUUCACGCGGCAUUCGGCUGUAUGUACGGCGCGUCUUCAUCAACGACAAAUUCCAGGAGGCCGUCCCGAGGCAAGUCAAGGCUUUUGUGAUGAUUUCGCUCCCUCUACUGAAGCCUGUCUUCUGA